GUCUCCUUCACCGAUGAACUGAAUGAGAAAAUUCCUAAUCGGCUUUUAUGUGGAUGAAGUAGGUACGGUACCCUGUACCGGUAGCAUUUUCUAGGUUCCGCAAAGAGGAUGUCGAUUGCCAUGUUAGGUUAAGUGUAAGUGUAAGCAGAUUCAUUUAUAGUUAUGAUUUAUAUAAUAAGUACAUGUAACCGGCUUUAGUUACUUCUGGCAUUUGUAAAUGUUUAGCCUUCUCACUCACAUCAGCAAUGCAAUUAAUCAAGAGAUUAUCCUUCGUGCCAUUAAAAUUAAACUUAAUUUGAGUCAUUUAAAAUUACAGUGAUUUUUCUGUGUUAGUGAAUAAAUUUUGUUAAAAUUAAUAGUUUUGGUUUUAAUAACAUUUUUGGCACAAAACGUUUUUUAUCUGCCUGCUUUCAGUGUGUAGACCAGAUUAAGGCGAUAUGGAGCGACUAAAGAUAACAUCUGCAGUUGAUAACGUCCUUGACAUCCAAACUUGCCUUACUUGUUACCUGUGCGGAGAAAUCUACAGACGACCCAGAAUACUGCCUUGCGGACACACGUUCUGCAGUGAAUGUCUGGGCAAGCUGAAAGAUGAAAUUCUCCGGGAUGGACACAACCAAAAGACUGAAAUAGAGUACUCCGACUUCAUGGACAGUCAAAACAAAUCUGAUUCGUCGGAUAGUGGACCUCUCCAUGAUCAUUCAAGCAACGUGGACUUGAAUAAAACUGAUUCUGACCCAAGUUGCUACCGUCCCAAAUCCUCAAACCAAGGUGAAGUUAGGCGUCCAUCUUCUAAAGACACUGAUCAACAGCUGACCAAUGGAAUGGCUCGUAGCAACACAUUCCUGAGAGAAAAACAACCCAGUCAUUUUGAAAGAAGUUCCUCUCGUUACAGUGCCCCCGCGGGGCUUGGUGCUCCCGAAGCCGCCUGCUCUAAAUGCGGGCAUGUCUCUCCAAAGACUUUACCUCGAAGGGCAAAAUCUGCACAGAUCACAUCGCCCCCGUCAAGGCCUCGAGACACCAGCGCCCCUGCACCUCGUUGGAACACCAGCCCUCAGCGCUCCUCACACCUAAUGGCGUGUUCCUUUGAUCAAAAGCACGGCAAAGAGAUGGAGCAGUUUGCGUGUCCCAUUCCCGAAUGCAACUAUUCCUUGAGAGUGAUGAAUCUUGCUCGAUGGUCACCAAAGAACAACGCUGUAUCUGACAUAAUUGGAGUGUGGAGGACAGUCAGAGAUAGUAUGAAGGUAAGUGUUGAAGUUUAGCCAUCUUUCACGACGAAGUGUAUUGAGUAAUAGAUUGUUUUAGAUGUUUGGUUUAUCAAAACACUUUAUGUUAAUAUAAUUUUAUUAACACCUAGGCUUUAUAUACAGUGGCGUUAUGUGUACUUUUUGGAAAGAUCAUGGAGUGGGAGAGUUGAGAAAGAUCAUGGUGUGGGAGAGUUGAGAAAGAUGAUGGAAUGGAAGUUUUGGGAAAGAUAAUGAAAUUGGAGGGUUGUGAAAGGACAUAGAAUGGAAGAAAAGGGGGGGGAUGUAGUGGGGGGGAUGUAGUGGGAGAACUGAGAAAGAGCAUUGAAUAGGAAUGUUGGGGAAAGAUCAUGGCAUGGGGGAGUUGGGAAAGGGCAUAUAAUGGGAGAGUUUGGAAAGAGCAUCGAAUGGGAGAGUUUGGAAAGAGCAUCGAAUGGGAGAUAUCAUGGAAUGGGAGAGCAGGGGAAAAGAAUGUAUUCUAUUGUAAUGGAAGAGUUGGGAAAGAGUAUGGAAUUGUAAAGACUGGAAAAAAGAAUGGUGGGAAAAAUGUAAUGGGAGUGUGGGAAAGAACAUGGGAUGUGGCGUGUUGCGUGGGUUUUAGUACUGGGAUUGUACUCUUAAAUAAAGCACUUUCAUUUCCAAUGCAGUAAAUUGCAGCAAAUGAAUGAACACCCUAAGAGGGACCGUAAAUUUAAAAGUGCACCGUUAGCUAGGAACUUGUACUUUGUUCCCCGAAGUUCAGAGAGAUUGAUAUGGCCUAAUGUGAAAACUCAAUAUUUUAAGCAGCGGUUCAUGAUAAAAUAAAAAUAAAAUACAUGAAACUCGCUAGCAGCUACUUGUACUAAGUGAACGUUUGGGUGCAGCCACUUGUAAUAAGUGAACGUUUGGGUGCAGCCACUUGUACUAAGUGAACGUUUGGGUGCAGCCACUUGUACUAAGUGAACGUUUGGGUGCAGCCACUUGUACUAAGUGAACGUUUGGGUGCAGCCACUUGUACUAAGUGAACGUUUGGGUGCAGCUACUUGUACUAAGUGAACGUUUGGGUGCAGCUACUUGUACUAAGUGAACGUUUGGGUGCAGCCACUUGUACUAAGUGAACGUUUGGGUGCAGCUACUUGUACUAAGUGAACGUUUGGGUGCAGCCACUUGUACUAAGUGAACGUUUGGGUGCAGCCACUUGUACUAAGUGAACGUUUGGGUGCAGCCACUUGUACUAAGUGAACGUUUGGGUGCAGCUACUUGUACUAAGUGAACGUUUGGGUGCAGCCACUUGUACUAAGUGAACGUUUGGGUGCAGCCACUUGUACUAAGUGAACGUUUGGGUGCAGCCACGUGUACUAAGUGAACGUUUGGGUGCAGCCACUUGUACUAAGUGAACGUUUGGGUGCAGCUACUUGCAGUCAAUCCUUUCCAGGAUAUGGACAUUUUUGGUUAGGCCUACUUAGUUGGGUUGCCAUGACUUGUUAAUCAUUUGAUGUUCAACAUGAUGGGAUAAUUUGCAGUGCUCCAAAGCUUUAAUUUAAAAUGUGAAUUAACAACGCCUUUCACAGUAUGCCAGUGACAUGUGGAGCAUAUUUUUUUCAAUGCAUAAUUGAAUUUAUUGAAACCACUAAAAGGCUGUUGUGACAAAAACUAUUAUACGAAAUGAAUCCUACUCCUGCUAACUUUUCUUUUCAGGAUGUUAGCACACAGACAGAUAUCAGCAACAACCAUUCUGUACUAGUGACCAUACCACGUUCGCUUAUUGACAACCGUUCGCUUCAGCCCCUUGGCCGGCGCAGACGUCACUCUUCCAUGAUGGACAUGGCCAUAGACAGCGCCAUUAGUAUGGACAGUCUUGAGAGAGGCUAUGUGCCAGUUGGUCACUUAACUUGGCGGUCUUAUGCCGCCAUGGUUGGGAUGAACAUUCUGCAGCAAAUUGUUCAUAUAUAAUGAAUGUUAGUUUACGGGUGUCUGAUGAUAGUUGUUGAAAAACACUUGUUAAUGUUCUUGUUCGCACCUUUCACCUAUAUAUAUUUUUUUAGCUCAUUUAAUCUGACCCAUUUCGUUCUUUCUUCUCUUAAGAGUUUAAUAACAGGCGAUGAUGAAUUCAUAGUAAAAUAUAAGAUAUGGUAAAUAGCCUGUAUGUUUACACACACAAAAAUGCUAUUAUUAUUUGAAUAUAAAUAUGAAAAAAUACUUUACAAAACAAAGGAUAGAUACAAAGCACAGAAUCUCUCCAAUCACUUAAGUAUGUUAUAAAUUACACUCGUAUGUCAACAACUCAACAUCCUCUGGGUACCACAUGCAGUUCCAUAGAUAUUUCCUAUCAAUUCAUUUUUUUCCCCCUUUCAACUCCAGCUUCCAUUAACUUUUGAACAACUACCAAGUGAUGACAGAUGAAUGAAUGACUGUGGCAUAUGAUGCUAAAAAUACACAUCCUCAUUUACUAUACAUUCUCACCUUUAAAUUAAACUUUUAAUAGUUAUCCAUGACUAUUUUUAGAUUAUAGUCAAGCUUUAUUUCAUCAGUUGGAAUUGUUUCUUUUAAAUGUAAUGCCAUGGAUAUUAUUUGUUGUCACAAAUAAUUUUUAUUUAGAGAAAAUAUUUAUCUUAACACUACAAAAUAUGUGGAGAUAACUUUUCUUAUUAAUGGGGAAGACCUGUGAUCUGUACAUAAAACUCUUAAUUUAUUGUAAUGUUUAUGAAAUUAUUAUAUAGUACAGGUAUCUAAAGUUAGCAAUAACAGAUACCCAUAUCUAAUCCCUUUGUUUUUUGUCAUUUAAACAAUAAACUCAGUGACAGUUUAUAUUUCAGUUAGUGUUUCAGAGUCACCACUUAAUUUGUCACAUUACUUUCAGUACCAGUAAUUUAAAAAUGAAG